AUGGUCCCAACACACACACACACGACAAACCGCGUGUCUCCGCAGUUUCGGACGCGGGAGCAUUUCAGUAUGACGUCUCGGUCUGUCUGCUCUCUGUUGGUAUCUCCACAUAUUGGGAGCAUUAUUUCGGACCACCCCUCGGCGGACUCUUUUUCCUUUGUGCUCAACUCGGUCCAUUGA